UUUUCCCAGAUCCAAUAUGGCGACUUUGUAAUUUUUCGUGCGUCGUUAUUGCAGAGUUUGUGAAAUUUCCACGCGCUCCCUCAAUCGAAGAUUAUAUUCGACGCGACUUUCGGUAGCCAGCAGAAACCCGACUUUUAUACCCUCUUCAAAGGAUCUCCGUAGUUAUCAGAAAACAACGAAUUCUGCAAGAUGGUGGACAAAAUUGAAAUGAGCCUCGACGACAUCAUCAAGUCCACUCGCUCGCAGAAAAAACCGCAAGGCGCCCGCGGAGGGCCAGGUGGUGCUCGAAAGCCGGGUGGCUUCGACGAUACUACCAAGGCCACUCGCUCGCAGAAAAAGCCGCAAGGCGUGCUUAAGAAUCGUCGUCCUGGAGUGGCCAGUGGAGCCGUUCAGAAGGCAAAGUUUCCACGGGGCGAUGUAAACAGCGCUUGGAAGCACGAUAUGUACGACGGGCCGAAGCGGGGAGCCGCAGCCGGCGGAUCCGGACCUACCCGCCUUAUCGUCGGUAACCUGGACUACGGCGUCUCUAACACAGACAUAAAGGAGCUGUUCAACGACUUCGGGCCGAUGAAGAAGGCGGCAGUGCACUACGAUCGUUCCGGUCGCUCACUGGGCACCGCUGAUGUGAUAUUUGAGCGUCGUGCCGACGCCAUGAAGGCCAUUAAGCAGUACCACGGCGUGCCCUUGGAUGGUCGACCUAUGACCAUCCAGUUGGCCGUCUCAGACGUGGCCGCUUUGACCCGUCCCGUAGCCGCCACUGAUGUCAAACGGCGUGUGGGUAACGGAGCAUCAGCUCCAUUCAAGCGUGGUGGUGGCCAAGCUGGAGGCUCUCCACGUCGUGCCGGCGCAUCAGCUCCAUUCAAGCGUGGUGGUGGUCAGGCUGGCGGCUCUCCACGUCGCGGUGGCUUUAAACGUCCGGUCGGAGGCAAACCGGCUGGCGGCCAAAGGCGUGAGCGUAAGGCCCAACCCACUGCCGAGGAGCUGGACGCCGAACUGGACUCUUACAUCAACGACAUGAAGAUCUAAAUAUCCAAUAGUCUGAAUUAGUCUAACAAAACAAACAAGAGAAAACACAAGCCCUAGUCUUAAGCCUAACAUAUGGACACUUUCCAUAUGGUAAUUCAAAUGCAUCCGGAUCGACAACGCCGCGCCAGGGACAGAUCAAAUAAAUGUUCACUCCGAGAAAUUCAGACAUUAAAAAUGAAAUGCCAUUUAGGUAUGCACCCAUUAAAUUGUUAAUAUACCAAUUGGCGGCUGUUGGGAUAAGUCGACUAACUGAAAUACAUUUGAUGCUGUAUUUAUUAUUAAUAGUAAUACGCUUUAAUAAGAUCGACGAUGAUUUAAUGAACACUUGUAAUUCUAAACUGAAGUGUAAUAAAUAUUAGAAUUAAUUUGUGACCAAA